GUGUACAGAACCCAACAAAAACAGACUUUGCUGAAGAGUGAACACCCAUCAAUAAAGGCAAGAAAUAUCGUAGGAAGCAAUAUAUCUCUUUCGCUUUGACAACUUCAGUACGGAUAGAACGGUUUUGCAUUCGGAAUGGCCGAGGAUACCAUUAAUGUGGAGGACAAGCGUCGGAAAACUAGCAAAACCGUUUUUGUCGGAUCCGACUUCACAGAUCUAACUGCUCGGCAAAUUGAUGAUGCUAAAGAAACUAUUUUGGACCUCGAAACUUACUGGAGACGAUUUCGCUUCGAAAUCGACAGCUUAAAGGAGAAUCACCGAGGAGAGGUAAAUAAACUUGGUCAAGAAAUAGAGAAUUUAUUACGUCAAAAAACUGCGCUCCAAGACCAGCUAAAGACCACGAGAUGGGAUGCUAAGCGCCUUCAGGACGAUUUAAUUCAGUCUCAGAGAAAUCUCACAGAAAAGCAAUUCGAAAAUGACGGUCUAAACAAGCAAUUGAAGAGCAGGAAUACACUCGUUGACAAACUAAAGUCUGAGAAGAAUGCAUUACAGAAAGAAAUUGAUCGUCUGCGAAUGGAACUUGCUUCAAAAGACAUGAUCACCGUCACUAAGACCGAUAAUGUCGAGUCAGGAGUGGACGAUGAUCUGUUUAGUUACAACAAUGAGAUAUCAGACUGGCAAGCGAGCGCUGAACUUGCCAACAAAGAGAAAGAUGGAUUAUUAAACGAGUUAAAGGAGCUUCAAACUGAAUACAAUCAGCUCAAAGGUGAUCACGAUAAAGCCAAACGUGAUCUGCAAAUGUGCGAAAAAUCAAGCCGAAUGCAAAUGUCGAAGUGCGAAACCCUGCUGCAAAAUCUUGGUAAACAACGCGAUGCCAUGAAACAACAAUUGGAUGAAUUAAAAGACCAAUUGAAGAAAACCAAGGAUAACAACGCUCAAUAUCAAAAGGAAGUGUUAGACAAACAAAAGUUGGCUGAUUCUUUAAAAGAAGAAGCCGGAGCAAAAGCGUCACAGAUUGAGCGCCUAGCGUCAGAUAACGACGAUUUGAGCAACAAAAUCGAAAAAUUAAAGAAAGAUCUUGCUCAAGCGCAAAUCACAAAUCAGGUAAUAACGAAAGAUCGCGAUGGGUUUCAGCGAGACUUGCAGCGUGCUGAGAAUGAUAUCGACUCUCUCGAAAAAUCCCUGGAAAAAACACAAACUGAUAAAAGUGACCUACAGAAGGACUUCAACAUAACAUUAAAUAAGUUAACGAACCUUGAAGACGCUUACGAAAAGACGCAAGAUAGACUUAAGACUCACGAAGCUCAAAUUCCCAAGCUUAAAGCUCGUGUUACUGAAUCUGAAGGCAAUCUAAUGUCCAUGAGCAGAAAGCAUCAGAAACUUGAAGAAAACCUUGCUAAGACGAAAGCUGACAUGGGGAAGGCACUAGAUGAUUUAGCUUCAGCAAACGAGCAGGUCGAUCAGCUGGCGACUACAUGUCAAGAUGGAGUUCGUGACCGCGAUGAUUACAAACAACGCUUAGCACGAUGUGAAAAAUACAUUUCUGAAUUGAGGCAACAGCUUCAAAACACAAUUGAGGAAAGAGACAACCUAGACAACGAAGUGUCGAAAUCCAAAAUGCAAAUUGGUAGACUGGAAUCUCAGCAUAAUACCGCACAACGUGAAAAAGCACAGCUGAAUGGUCAUCUAAGUGAUGCUAAAGCUAAGAAUGCUAAAAUAAUGGCUGAUCAUAAUGUCAUGAAAACAACGUGCAAUGAAAACAACAAAAGUUUGCAAUGGCAUAAAAAUCAACUUGAAAGCAAGAACAACACCAUUGCCGAUCUGAAAAAGCGAAUUGCAACGUUGGAAUCAAAGCUAGAACCGUUGUAUGAAGAAGUAGGAAAUCUACAGUCAAAAUGCGAGCUUCUCGGAGAAGAAAAUGAAGGUUUUCAAGAAAGAGCACUAGAAGCAGAAUUCAAAUGCAAAGAAUUCCAGACAGAUUACAAUAUACUACAAAAAGAAAAAGAAGAUUUGACCGAAAUUGUACAAGAACUAACAAAAAAGAUCUCGGAGCUUCAGACUUCAUUAAGCAUCAGCCAGUAUGAGGUGAAUGACUACAAGAGCCAGGUGCUUGUUUUCAAGCAGAAAUUAGAUAAAAUAGACCGUGAGCUGGACGAAGUAAACAAAGAAAGAAUUGAGCUCGAAUUACGACACAGCGAUCUUCAAAAUAAUUACAAGAAGGCCAGUGAUGAAUCCAUUGUACUUAAACAUAAACUAAGUGAUGUACAAUCGUCAUUGAACGAUCACAUGACCAAGUCAAACGACAACGAAAAUUUGAUCAUAAUGCUUCGUGAAAAGACUGUACUACAAGAAAACGAGCUUGACGAAAUAAAGAGCGACUUGGAUCACUACAAGAAUUCAUUUGAAAUCACAGAAGAUGAGAAAAACAAGUUGGUGUUCGAACUCAAAAAUCGUGAUGAUGAGAUCAAAAACUUGCAUGACGUCAUCAAGCAAAAAGAACAAAUCGACAUCGAGCAGAAUAUCACAGUUCAAACUUCAAAUGUUGUAGAGUCUAGCAUGGGUGAUUUUUUCGAUGGUCCAUCACAGCAAGAUCUCGACGACGAGUUGGCAAGAAAUAAGGAACUGCAAGACGAGGUUGAUAAUCUUAAAGAAAAAAUGAAUCAUUUGAAGAAUGAAUGCGUCGCUGCAAAACGUGACAUACACGAUCUUCAAGAAGAAUUGAAAAGUGCUAAAGAUAAAAUCCAUCAAUUGCAAGAUGAAAAUGAUCAUUUGACUGAAGAAAAGGCUGUUGAAUCCGAGAGAGCGACAUUAGCCGAAGCGAAAGCGGAUGACUUGGAAAAGGAAGCGGACACUGCUAACCAGAAACUUGAAAAAACCGAAGAAGAUCUUAACGAGGCUCGUGGGCGAGUAUCUAAACUGGACUCGCAGCUGAAUUCCCUACAAAAGCAAAAAGUUAAGUUGCAACGUCAAUUGGACGACUCAAACAGCAACUUUGCGAAAUGUAAGGAGGACAUAAUGAGUCUUGAAAGUAAUUUGUCCGAACUGAAGAUGAAAAAUGACUCAAUAAGCAGCUCGCUUGAAAAGAAGGAACGAAAUCUUGCAAACGUCACUCUUGAUGCAACAAAUAAGCAAAACGAAUUAGACGCUAUAAAACAUGACGUUGAAAAUCUCAAAUCGACAAACGAUGUCUUGACAACGGAAUUAAAGGAAGACGGUAAACGCAUGCAACAGCUUCAAGAUCAAACACAAGAUAUGAAAAAACAAAUUCAAAAACUUCGUGAAGUCCAAGAUAGUUUAGAAAAUCAAUUGAACACAAAAACUUUCCAGUUCACCACAUCUCAGGCACAGCUAGAAAACGCCCGUAAAGACCAUGACCACUACAAAAAUGAGCUAGCCACUGCACAAAAAAAUGCAAAGAAGGAUCGAGAUGACAUCGCCCACCUUCGAAAUCGUGUCCGUGCUUUAGAACGUCAGAGUGAACAGUAUGAAAAGGAAAUCAAAACCAAAGACGCCUUGAUUGACAAGCUGAGAAAGAGCAAAACACAAAUUGAAACUGAUCUUAUAAAAGCCAAGAAAGACCUGGAUUCAUUAAGAGUGUUGUACCAAAAUGUUCAAGAUGUCAAUCGGAAAUACGAGGAGCAAGUUCGAGAAAAGACUUUGAAGAUCAAUUCUCUAGUGAUGAGCUGCAACAAGAUGAAAAAGGAAGUUAUUCCAAUAAGUUCCAGCAUCACUGUACAACGCGUAUCAGAAGUUGAAAGUGUCCAACAAGGCAUUACCCUCGAACGCGAGAACGGCCUCCGUUCAGAAAUUCAAGUCAGUAAAAACAGAUUCGGUAAGCUGGAAGGUGAUUACAAAAGGGCACAACAAAAUAUCACUGAAUUGACCCAGGAGAAUAGGAUGCUUCAAAAGCGUGUUAACGACUUGCAGAAUCGUUUUGACAAGUGUAAUGCUGAUUUCCAACUGGUGAAGAAAGAUUACAACGAUGCAUCGGACAAGAUAUCUGACUUGGAAGUUAAGAACGAGUACGAAACAAGAGAAAAGAACUCACUUCAGCAUCAGUUGGACGAGUCAAAUACACGAGUUGCUUCUCAGAGAGCUGAGAUUUUGAAGGUCGAACAGAAACUGAUUGAGAUGAAAAUGCUGCAUGAUGUUGCUCAGAAAGAUCUCCUGGAGAAAGAAGACGAUUUGCAGAAUCUCUUAAAGGACAAUAAAAGUCUGGAGAAACAUCUGGAUGCAGUCAAAGUGUCUCUUAAGCAGGUGCAAGACGAGAAAACGUGCCUAAAGACUGAUCAAGGACGAUUGCAGCAAGAAAUUCUAGACCUCAAAGAUAAGAUAGCAGAUUCCGAAAAAAAUAUACACAAAGCCCUGAGCGAUAAAGAUCGUUUACAGAAGGACGUCAAGGAUUGUCUUGCACAGAUAACUGGCCUGGAGCAUCAAAUCGACCGGUUGACACAAGAGAAGGGAAAUUUGUAUCAAAAGAUUGAGGAAUUGAAGGAGACUGCAGGACGCCAUUGGAACGAAUUUAACAAAUGCGAAAAAGAGCUGGCUCAAGUCCAAUCUUCAUUUGACUGCCUUAAAGCCAAUGACGACGAGAAAGAACACAAAAUUAGCAUACUUACUGAGUCCAACAUUUACGUAGAAAAAGAAAAUGGAGAACUUAAGGAACAGUUAAAGAAGCUUAAUGCUAAUUUGAAUGAUGCAGCUGAAAAGAACCUACAAAACGAGAUCAUAGUGACCAGCACUGACGUGCAAAUUGUAGAGAGUGCUCCAGAAAUGUGGGAUGAAAAAGAUCCUGCCGAAGAUUCGACCAUCUUAAAAAGAAAGAUUGACGAACUGAAAAGUGAUCUCGCUGAAAGCCAAGAUAGGGAAAAAGAUUCUCAGGCUAAAUUUAUGGAAUUGAAUGCAUACAUCGUCAAACUGGAAUCUAUUUACGAGCAGCUUGUCGCAAGAAAAGAGGAGAUAGAGCAACAGCUGUACGAUGCACAACGUGAGUACAAGCCCCUAAAUGACGAAUUUGCGUCGUCAAAAGCCGAACUCUUUGCUCUUGGUAAGCAGUAUUCGGAUAUCAAGCGAGAGAAUGCCAGUCUCAGAAUGCAGCUGAACAAAAUGCAACAGACCAAAAACAUGUUGGAAGAACAGCACGAGGAUGUUAUUACCAAAGACAGGAUUAAUGAGCAAAAUCUACUUAACUCAGAGCGUCGACUUCAAGAACUGCAGAUGCAGUUGGACCAACAAGGAAAAGCCGGUAAAGAUGGUAUAAUCAAAAAUCUGAAAGAUGAGAAAAAAGAGCUCGAAAAACAAGUGCACCUUCUUCGCGAAGAUCUAAACCUGAUGCAGGCCAAUCUCGAUGGUGCUCAAAAGAAACGAGAUGAUCUCGAAGCUCAGUUGUUCAAUAUGAAGAAACAAUUUUCUGAUGUCGAUCUAAGGAUGAAAACUUUAGCGCAAGAAAACAAUGAUUUGAAUGACGAUAUUAUUGAAGGACAACGCAAGCAAGCCAACCUUCAAAACGAAUUGCAAAAAGCAAUGAAAGAGAAAGCUAUUCUUCGAGGGGAGCUGGAUGAAGCCAAGGCUCAAAUUUUCCUAAUAAAAGAAUCGCACGCAAAUUUGGAAAGUCAAGUUGCUGAACAUCGAUCGAAUGUUGAUACUUACAAAAAAGAUCUUGGCGAUCGACAGAAUGACGUUGACUGGCUAAGAAACCAGGUUCAUGCUUUCGAAAAUGAAAUAAGUUCGCUAAAAGUUCGAUUGAAUUCAUGUCACGAUAAAUACGAGAAAGCUCUACAAGAAGCAACUGCGUUGACAGACAAGAUCCAUGAAAAGGACAACAAUAUUGCUGAUCUUCAAUUUAAGUUCAAAAGUCUCGAACAGGAGUAUAAUGCAAUGAAGAACGAGCUCGGCGUAGCAAAAGCGUCCGCUGAAGAUUAUAAAAAGUCCUACUUUGAUAGCAAAAAAGAAAUUGAACGAUUGAACCUCGAAGUUUUAAGCUUCACUCAACAAGUUGCAACUUUGAAGUCUCGAAUUGAAGUUUUAGAAGCAGAGAGAGAUCGUUACAAGGAAUUAUGGGAUAAAAUGAAAAAGAGCAACUCAGAAUUGAAAAUUCAGCUCGAGUUCGUUCACAAUGAGAAGAACAAAAUGGCAAAUGAUAUGAAUGUUAUCAAGAGAGAGAACGAAAGCGUCCAGAAUUCCCCUCCUCCUGAUCAAGUUGAUUCUGGAAAAGACAGAAUGACGAAGAUCUACGAGCUUCAGAGCAGUUUUGAUAACAUCAAACGUGAUCACGAUGAUGCUCAACGCGAUCUCGCAAACCUGAGAAAAAAGAACAUGAAAUUGGAAACCAUCGUGGCUGAUCUAAACCGCAAAAUAGAUGGUAUCGAUUACGAUAAUCAAUGGAAAACCAAAAGGAUUGCUGAACUUGAAAGACAAUUAGCCGAUUUGCAAAAUAGCAACAAAGUUGCCAGGGAAGAUGUUCUUGUGUGGCAAAAGAAGAUUGCAAAGCUUGAACAAGACUUAAACACUGCAAAGAACAAAAAUAAUCGACUUGAAGCGUUUAAUGCAGCUUACGAUGGAAAGAUAAAAGAGCUGAACAGUGAUGUGAUUGAUGCAAAUCAGAAAAUAGCCCAACUUGAGAGCUCUACCAAUGCGUUGCAAGAUACCGUAGAGAAGAAACAAAAAGACCUCUUGAAUUCACAGAAAGCAAUUGCAAACCUUGAGACUGUUAACGAAAAUCUCUCUAAAACCAAAACAGAUCAACAGCGAAGCCUUCAGGCAGCAAGAGCCAAGAUCCUCGAGCUGGAAGAAAACGUGCAAACGGAAGUUAAGCAAGUUUCUCAGCUGAAAGGUAUUUUAGGCGAUAACAAGCUACGAAAUGAAAACUUGAAGAAUGAAAAUGCCCGAUUGCAAAAGAAGCUUCUGAAUUUACAGUCCUCUACAGAUGAAUGUAAACGUGAUGUUGCCGAAAUGAAGUACAUCAUAAGUCGAUUGCAGACUGAUAACGAACACCUUGAUGGGGACAACCAGAUACUAAGAAAGCAACUAAACGAUACAAAGGAGGAUAACGCAAAGAUCCAAAACGAAAAACGAGACAUCAUCAAUCAACUUCAAAAACUGAAAAUGCAAAUUGCUGAGCUGCAACAUAAUAACGAAAUGCUACGAGAUGAGAACGAAAAGUUGAAGCGUGAUCUGACUGCUUUCCAAAUCCAGAUCCAAGAGAUGGACAAAAACGAGCAAUUAAAACCACAGCAAGAAGUGAUGGUAGAAUCAACUCCUGGUGACGAUUUGUUCAGCGAACCAAGCUCGGCAGAGCUUGAUUUCCUUCGUCCAGAAAAAGACCGUCUUCAAAACGAAGCAUCUGACCUGAAAAAGAAGUUAGUGAAUCUGCAAGACGCUCAUGACAACCUAAAUGAAGAAAAGACAACAAUGGAUGAACAGAUCCUUGUCUUUCAGAGGAACGUCUCCGAUCUGAACAGAGAAAAACAAGAACUGGCAUCAAGUACCGGCAAGCUGAAGCGUGAUCUUGAAGAUGCAAUCAAGAAGUUAGUUGACGUUGAAGAAGAGAGCCAAAGGUUGCGCAUGGAGAAUGUUUCGUUAAAGAAAGACGUAGAGGAAACACAGAAGGAGCUUGUUAAGAUUCAAGCACAAUACGAAUUACACAUCACACAAUUAUCUGACAAUCGGAAAGGUUCUCAAGUUUCCACCCAGAAAAUGAAAAGCCUCGAAGAAGCUUUGAAACGAAGUCAAGAACACGAAAACGAUUUGCAAAAGGAUGUACUAGAUGCUCACAAGAAAGCAGCUUCCAUGGAAUAUGAAUUGAAAAAUGCAAAAGACAACAUCCAGGAGUUUGAGGAUGCAUGUAUAGCAAACAAUGAAAAAAUAAAGUCAUUGAAAGAAGAAGUUGUUCUUGGUGAAAAGAAAACGUCAGAAUUGGAAGCCAAUUUGGAAGACGCCGAAGAAAAAAUUAGAGAUCAAGAAAACGAGAUUAGCAGCUUAAAGGAGAAAUUGGACGAGCUUGACAGCAAAGACAGACAAUCUCAAGAUGGCAGAAAUGAUUUGGAAAGCCAGUUUACAACACUGAAGAGCCGAUGUAGAAAAUUAGAGGAUCUAUUGAACGAAGCUAAUCGUGACCGAGAUAACUUGCAACGACGUUUGAGCGAUCUGCAAAAUGAGCACGACAAUCAAAACUCCGAUUUCUCAAAACAGAUUUCGCAAAUACAUCAAACGACCGAGAUCUACCGUCGCGAUCUUGCAGAUCGUGAUAAUCAAAACAAGAUUCUGAAAAAGCAAGUUAACGAAUUGACGAAAGAAAAUGAGCAUUUGAAACGAGAUAUGACAAAUAAGAAAAACAAUGUUGACACGUAUUUGAUCGAGAUUGAAAGACUCAAGCAAGAAUUAAUUAUCAUUCGCGAAAAAGCCACGAGAACCGAUCCACGCAUAGCGGAGGAAAUUUCCGAGUUGAAACAAAAAUACGAUGAAAUUGAAAGCGAGAAAGAGACGCUUCGUAAUGAGAAACAAAAUCUUCAGUAUCAACUUAAGAUUGUGACGGAGAAGUUGAGCGAAAUCGAAAUCGUCUAUCGACAGAGUUCAAGUGGAAUGGAUACUGUGACACAAGAAAUGUAUGCCCUUCGACAGAAGAUUAAUACAAUGGAACUUGAUCUUCAAAAGGCGAUUAAAGACAGAAUGUUGUUGGAAGAGCAACUCGAGAAGGCAAACCGCGAGCUUGUCAACCGUCAAGAUCUGAUCACAAAGUUGGAGAAAGAGCUACGUGACCUGCGCGUCGAAAAGGAAUUCCACGAUCACGCUAUAGAGGAACGUGAACAAGCUAUCAAAUCACUACGCAUAAAAGUGGUGAACUUGGAAAAGGAGAUCGCCAGCCUGAAGUGGGAUAUAGAAGUUUUAAAGAAAGAAAAGCAAACGACUGAAGUCACACUUGAUGUAAAACCAAAGAUUGAGAGGACUACCUACGAGAUCACACACGCAAUGAGUCCCGAAUCUCAGUCCAUAGUAACUGGAAGACCGCACGAAGUUUCUACGCUGGAUUUCAGCAUCAAUGAAAAACCAAGCGAAAGGACGACAACAACAAGAGUCUUCUCCAGAGGAUUUAGUGAUCCGGAACACACUGAGCUUCAUGUCGACGGGGGCGAUCGUGAAGUGAGAACAAGAGUGAUCAAAAGAGAGAGUAGAACAACCGAAGCCGUUUUGUCCCCAGGCUCUUUAAGCCAUAGCAUUUCUGAAGGAUUUUUGCCAAAUGACUCAUCCACAACGUUCACACGAACCUUGUCUGGCGGUGGGGAAGGUGGCGAAGUUCAAGUCGUCCGCAGGGAAAGACGAUCCCGAAGAUUCCUCGACGAAGGAAAAUACUGAUUCACAUGGAACAACGUACAGGAAAGUCCGUUGCCAUGUAAGCAAUAAACAUUUACGAGCAUCUUUCUAUUUUAAAAAAACUUGUUUAUUAUUUUACAACUAUGUAAGAACGAAUAAUAUUAUAGAAUAAGUCAAUGUAAUUUAAUGAUUACUCGUGGGAAAUGAGCACGCAUGAAAACAACAUAUAAUGUUAAAACCUUAUAUGAUUAAUCUAAGUGUAACCAAGGAAAAACUUCAUUUACUGGUUUAUUCACACACAACUUACAAGGGAUAUAGUCGUUAUUUUUGCAGUCAAAACAGUUUAUUGCCAUUGUUUACUGUAAAGCUUAUGGUAUUUCAUGGAUGACUUUAUUCCCCAAACUUGUGCACAAUCUUAGUUUAGUUAUUUAAUGUUAAUUUUUUCGUAGUUUCACUUGUGAUGCACCAUUUAAAUUUUUGCCAUUAUCAAUAAAACUUUAAUUUGAAA